CGCUCCCUCCCGUUUCGAAGUCUCGCGAAGCUUAAGGCUGCGGUAGGAGGUCGGAGGCAGAAGGACGGAGUCGAUCGUUGUUUGCUUCUCGUUGUAGCCUCCCCUCCCGCCCCGGGCCGUGUCGCGCUGUGUCCGGCCUGAGAGGAGGAUGUCGGGUUCCGGGUCGCUCCCCCUCGCGCUCUGCCUGUUGCUGACCGCCGCCAGCCUCAUCUCGGGUCCCGCCGCAGCGCAGAACGCUGGGUUUGUCAAGUCGCCCAUGUCAGAAACUAAACUCACAGGGGAUGCCUUUGAGCUGUACUGUGACGUGGUUGGGAAACCCACUCCAGAGAUCCAGUGGUGGUAUGCUGAAGUCAACCGGGCUGAGUCUUUCAAACAGCUGUGGGAUGGUGCUCGGAAGCGCCGUGUCACCAUUAACACUGCCUACGGGGCGAACGGCGUGAGUGUGCUGAGAAUAACCCGCCUUACAUUGGAAGACUCUGGGACUUACGAGUGCAGGGCCAGCAACGAUCCCAGGAGGAAUGACUUGAGGCAAAAUCCCUCCAUAACGUGGAUUCGAGCCCAGGCUACGAUAAGCGUCCUUCAGAAGCCCAGGAUCAAUGCCAGCGAGGAUGUGCACAUUCACCAGUCUAGUUCUCCCAUCAUCCUGCAAUGUAACCUCACCACAAGUCCCAGCCCCCUCACUUACAGCUAUUGGGAGAAGAAUGGGGAAGAAAUUUCUGGCACUAAGAAGAAUUCCAACACCACAGAGCACAAGAUUUUGAAACUCAGAGCAGACGAGUCGGGGGAAUACUUAUGUGUGUUCGUGUUUGCUAACUCGCCUGUAGCCAACGCCACUAUAGAAGUGAAAGCUAUUCCUGAGAUCACUGUCCACAAGCGAAGUGAGAACAAAAAUGAAGGGCAGGAGGCAGUCAUGUAUUGCAAGUCUGUGGGCUUCCCCCACCCCGACUGGGUGUGGCGCAAGAAGAUCAAUGGUGUAUUUGCGGAAAUCAACAACUCCUCUGGCCGAUUCUUCAUUACAAAUAAAGACAAUUACACGGAGCUGAGUAUCACAAACCUCCAGAUAAGUGAGGAUCCCGGCGAGUAUGAGUGCAAUGCAACCAAUCCAAUUGGCUCUGCCUCUGCCACCACCAUUCUGCGAGUGCGCAGCCACUUGGCCCCUCUCUGGCCCUUCUUGGGGAUAUUGGCAGAGAUUAUCAUCCUUAUUGUUAUCAUAGUGGUUUAUGAGAAGAGGAAGCGGCCAGAUGAAGUCCCAGACGACGACGAACCAGCUGGGCCAAUGAAAAGCAAUUCUACAAACAAUCACAAAGAUAAAAACUUACGCCAGAGAAACACAAAUUAAAAAAUAAUGCGUAUAAUAGCUUUAAGUUUCUGAGAGACUGAUGGCAAUAUAACCUGCUAAAAUAAUGGUUGGAACUCUUGGUUCUAGAACUCCAGUUCUAUUUGAUUUUUCCUUUCAAGUGAGCAACAAUAUGACUGUCUAAAAAAGCAUGCCUUAUUUAGCCUGUCCUGUAAGGAUGACAUACCCAGACACAUUUUAACAAUGCUUCAGUGUAGAAGGUGUAAACUAUUUUGGGCUUGAUGUGCUGUGAAUGUUGCUUUUUUCCCUUAAGGUAUUUAAACAUUAGAAGUAAAGUCAAAACAUGCAUGCGCCAUUUUUUACUUUCUUAAUGUAGCUGUUAAAUUGGCAAAGCUCUAAAAUGCACUGCUGCCAUCUAGUGAUAACUUUUUGUAAAGUACAGCAAAACCUAAAAAUAUAUACAAUAUAUAUUUAUAUUUUUUGGGAAGAGGAAAACCAAAAUACAAUAAGUGUUUCAUUUUUAAGCUGCUGAUAUUCAUUCC